AUGACUGAAGGCAAACCUAGAGUCACAGAGUCCAGGAAAGUCUGGACAACGCUUAUUACCAACACCAAAUACCUCUCUGGUCUUUUGACACUGGACUACUCGCUGAAGAAGCAGAAAUCCAAGUAUCCGCUUGUCGCAUUAUAUACAGAUGCAUUCCCUGAAGAAGGACACGCAGUCCUAAAAGCCCGUUCAAUACCCGCACAACGCGUCGAAUACCUCCUUCCCACCAAAGGAAAAGACUACAGCGCUGACCCACGAUUCUACGACUGCUGGACGAAGCUCACGCCCUUCUCAUUGACCGAAUAUGACAGAGUCGUGCAGCUGGAUAGCGAUAUAGUUGGGGGGAAAGGAAAGAAGGUGUUUGCUGCGGGACAUGCUUGUGUGUGUAAUCCGCUCAAGAAGCCACAUUAUCCUAAGGAUUGGAUUCCAGAAAACUGUGCUUUUACGUCCCAGCACUCAACACCAGAUGUUGCGCAACACACCUCUGCCGACCCUUCAGUUGGGCCUCUCGGUUUCAUGAACGGCGGCUUACAAGUCGUAAAUCCAUCUUCGGCAGUUUACAAUCUGAUCCUUGACCACAUGGAAUCAGGCGCGGCAAUCGAUAUGGAUUUCGCCGAUCAGUCGCUGCUAAGCGACCUGUUCAGAAGCUGUUGGGUUCCAUUGCCUUACAUUUACAAUGCUUUGAAAACGUUGAGGUGGGAAGGAGUGCAUAGUCCGAUUUGGCAAGAUGACAAGGUGAAGAAUAUACACUACAUACUUGCGCCGAAGCCUUGGGACGAGGAAGGAGACCAGAAAGGGAAGAGUGAUCCAACACAUGCUUGGUGGUGGAAUGUUAAUGAUGAGAGGUUGACCAAGGAGAAAGAAAAUGGAAUUGUUGCUGAUGGAUAUUGA